AUGGAUGUGUCUUCAGAUGCAGAGGCUGCACAUUCUGGGGUCAAGCAGGAGAGGACUGAAGGAGAGGAGGACCUACAGCAAAGCAGAGACAUCCAGACUGGAUCGACUGAAGCACCCCUUGUAGCCACGGAGGACACCGCCCCAGCGCAGUCCAGUACCCGACACAGCAUCACAGAGGUCUGUGGAACGCCAAACGCUGUCCUCAAGUCAGAGACGGACACUGAGACUUUAAAUGCUGGUGACCUGAAGAGGCACCAGAGGGCCCAUACAGGAGAGAAACCCUACAUCUGCCCCAAGUGUGAGAAGAGGUUCUCCCACCAGCACCAUCUGACGAUGCACUUGAAGAUCCACACUGAAGUGAGACCGUUUGCCUGUACGCACUGCGGGAAGAGGAUCUCAGAGAGGAGCUACCUCAGGAUACACCAGGAGAAAACCAUUCCACUCUGUAACAUAGAAAGUAACCAUUCGACUCGAUAG